AAGUCGAAGGACGGUCCGUCUUUAUCUUCCCGUUCUUACUUCCCUCCCAAUUGAUUUGCUUGCUUUCAUCCAUCCAUCCAUCAUCAACUUCACACUUGACAUCCACCCUCCCAGUGCAUCAUCAUUGCCACUACUACAACCACCCAUGACCAAACCCAACUAACACCACCCCAAUGUCCCUCUCAUCAGCCACCUCGGAGCUCCAAUCCUCCCUCGCCGACCUGGCCCUCGCCAACAAAAGCCCCGUAAAAGACGUCGUCCGCCCCCCUCUCACCUCCAUCCCCUCCAAGCCCAAGAAACCCUCCGCCCCAAUCGCCGACUCCUGGGAAGACGAAGCCGACGAUGACUCUGCCUCUGCCUCCGCCUCCGAACUCGACCCCCCUGCAGCCGCCGAGAAACGCUCCACGGCGAGUAGCUCCCGCUUCGACUCGCCGGCGCUCUCCUCCACAGAAGACCCUUUAGAUCCGCCGCCGACGCCCAUCUCGCCGUCCGUGUCGCAGUCGUGGAGCCCCCGCGGCUACGGGAACGUGGGGUCGUCGACGCCCGUACCCCGCGAGGACUCGAGGUCGCCGGCCCGCAGGCCCGAGAAGCAGACCGCCGUGGCUGGGAGGAUGAUUGCCGGGGCGUUAGGGAUCAGGGCGCCCAAGCGGACGGAGGAGCAGCGCGCGUAUGACCGUGCCGUGAAGGAGCAGGAGAUUAAGAGACGCAAUAGGGAGAAGGAGGAGGCGGAGAAGGCGAGGGCCGAUGAGGAGAAGGUGAAGGCGGCGGUUUGGGAUGAUUGAGUGUGUAUGGAAGAGGGAGAGAAGGGGGGGGUUGGAUUUGGUAAAGAAAGAGUGAGGGUGGUGUAUACAUACAUUCCCUUGUUUUAUAUACGGUCGUGAUGAGGGUGGGUUACAUUUCUUUCCUUUGCUUGCUUGCUUGUUCUGAGGGCCGGUGUUGUCUGUCUGUCUGGCUUCCGCUUUCUUAUACAAGCUUACCUA